UAGGUCCAUACAUUAAUAAACCUUUAAGAUAUGGGAUAUGACUUUGAUGCGUUCUAAAAGCAAAAGCACUAUUGAUAUAAAGAUUCGGCAUUUUGGGGGUGAAAAUUACAUUGUACAUGUUAGUUUUAAGGAUUUUUGUUCCCAUUUUCAUUGGUAAGGAGCUACUCGUAUAGUCUGAACUCCAAUCAAUGACAAUAAUUGUCGAGUAAAUAGACCAUCUCUGUCAUUAAAGAUUUUCACGAGGAAAUUGCUCAAUCCUCAACGACGAAGAAUAGCUCAACUCACCUUUAAAGACACAUUCAAUUAGAAUUAAACGGAACUUCAAAAUAGAGCUCGUUUCAACUAUGGUUUGAACCUAGAAUUAAACAUUCUUUGUUCAUUCACCGGGGAUGGCGGAGGAUAUGCCUCGAAGUCUAAUUAAGUAAGCUUAUAUAUUGUGGUUCCUGGAAUGAAACUGUCUGUGCGAGCACAUCCAAUAAUGAUUAUGGAGAAAUGUUAUACCAACAACUCGAAAUCUUUUUCGUUUAUAUAAUGAUGGAUACAAACGUUUCUUGGUUGUAAUUACGCCGCCAUUCAAGAGUGAACUCGGGAGGUCAAUCUUAAGACACAUUUUGAAGAGACCUAGAAGGUUCUUAACUACGAAUCGUUCGAAGCAGACAGGGAACUCGAUUUCUUUUUCAUCAUUCCCGUUCCCGCCAUUGCGUGUUCUUUUGGCCGAUCAACGCUGCGUCAGAUUCCGAGAGACCGCGGGGAUUUGGUCACCGGACUUCUUUCUCGAGCCUGCCACGUUUAGUAGUUGGUUGUUGAUGAAGGCAAAUACAGUUACUCGAUGAAGACAGAGCGAAUCCAUGGGAUGGAAAGAUGGUAGGAUUGUACAUUGUAGAAAGGUAACUACUCACAGAGCACCUGGACCACUGAUAUGGGAGAGGCUCAUAUGGUCUUAACAAACAGAGAUGUCCACAGACACAUGCUCCUAAAAUCAAGUCAAUUUUGGGUUGAAAGACUUGGGAUUCAAAAAGAGCAGUAUUAAUACGGACCUAUCCCUCCCACGUGGUUAAAUUUGAAUCGAAUGAAAAGAGAGAUUGGCAUGGGCCCACACUCCCCUGGAGAAUCGGGCAACCAUUCUGUCUGCUUCUACCGUCACAAUGGAGCGCUUCACUCGCACAUCAGUCGCACAUGCACGGAAUGAAGCAUCUUCAUGCACCAUCGGCAUCCGAGAAAACGAAUCGACCAACACAAAGUGGACAUGUUCUAUACACACACAGGUUCCGAGUGAGAAACUACACUACCUACCUACUGAUUUCACCCACUUAGUGAAAAACAACGACACUAGUACUACUACUAAAUAUCCGUCCCAAGUGUUAAUUAAAAGGAAAAAAAAUGGGGACCCAGCACUCUUUGACGUCUAUUUGCGCUUGUUUAUAUGUUUUAAAUCCCAUGAUAGUCAGUUGGGCUCGGCCAUCGAUCUUGGCACCUCUAAUUGAUCAGCCCAAUAACCCCAAGGAUUUGCUGAACAUGUGGGAUUUCCCAAAUAGUCGCGUGGAGGGCACUCCUUUGCGGAAGCAAACCCGCGUCGAUUUGGCAGCGGAAGUGUCCGAUCCCAGCCCACAAACUGUCGAAGCCUCUGACGCAGAUCAAUCCGUGUCCGGUUGGGUGAUGCCUCCAAGUCGAGAAGCUGAACCUAUUGCGGCAGACAAUCAGGACCUGGUGGCGGCUUUCUUACGAUUGCCCGAGGCUAUCAAAGCCAAUCUGGCCAACCGCACCUUGAACGAGCAACUCCAACAUGUCUCCGAUAAUCUCAAGGACAAACUGACCAUCAUUCAAAAGAAACUAGCCACCGACAUUAUUGCCGCCAUCCAGCAACAAAACGAAACCGACGCCACAGAACAACUCACCACGCCUGGGUUUUUCGAUUCUUUUGCUAUGGUGAGCUCGUUUCUUCAAAGCAUUGCUGAUGUUCUCCAGUUAUCAUCUAAGCCCGGCGAAGAGCAAAAAUCCCGAGCCAUCAGAAACAAACGCGACAUCAUUCUUCCUAGUUUUGGCGAGGUGGGAGAAAUCGUGAAUGAUGUGGCCAAUUCAGUCCUCAACUCGGUCACGAUUUGGAUUCACAGACACGAGGGUCAGGAUUGUGUGAAACGGCUUAUGUGCGAAUCCAACCAAGAUAUCUUUAAACGCGGAUAUCUUCUCCCGAGUGUUUUAACGUAUACGUCCAAUCUGGCCAUCUCCGUGGCCAGCGAGGGGAAAGUAGCUGACAAAUUGAUGGCUGCCAGAAAGGGACGCAAAGGCGAAUUGGAUUGCGUAGAUGCUUAUCCGGAUUGCUUGGUCCGGCUCUAGGGUCAUGUGGAGGAACAAAAUGGAAGCAUUGGCUGUGACGAUGAAUUUGCGAUCUGGCAAUCCAAAUACGAAUGAAAUAUAUUGCAUGUUCCCAAAUUUGAUAUCACUUUUGAGUGAGACUUUAUUGACAAUUGGCGGCUGCG